UUCCGGGGGUCUAUCAUAGGGUCAGGGAGAACGCAGAAGCAGCAGGACUAGGAGCAUCCCCAAGACUUGGGGAACUGGAGCUGAAGGAGGAAUGGCAGGAUGAAGAAUUCCCUAGAUUGCUUCUUGAAGAGGUUGACCCUUCUGAAGAUCCUGAAGAUGCUAAAAGAGACUUGCAGGCAGGCACCCCCAGCACUUUAGCCUUGUGUGGCCGGCGCUGCAUGCGCAAACGUCUUUCUGCCCCAGAGCUGAGACUGAAUCUGGCUAAGAGGCCUGGAGAUAAUGGAGCUUCUCCCACCCACUCUGUACCUUCCUCUACUGAUGGCAGUUCUGACCUGGAGGUAGACGAAUUGGAGACACCUUCAGACUCGGAGCAGCUGGACAGUGGACAUGAAUUUGAAUGGGAAGAUGAGCUGCCCCAGGCAGAGGGUCUGGGGGCCAGUGAGGCAGCUGAAAGGCUGGGCCGGGGUUGUAUGUGGGACGUGGCUGGAGAAGAUGGUCAUCACUGGAGGGUGUUCCGAACAGGACAGCAGGAGCAGCGAGUGGACAUGACUGUCAUUGAGCCCUAUAAAAAAGUCCUAUCUCAUGGAGGUUACCAUGGUGAUGGCCUCAAUGCUGUCAUCCUCUUUGCCUCCUGUUAUCUACCCAGAAGCAGCAUCCCCAACUAUACCUAUGUCAUGGAACACUUGUUUAGGUAUAUGGUAGGAACUCUGGAGCUGCUGGUAGCUGAAAAUUAUCUGCUUGUUCACUUGAGCGGAGGCACAAGCAGGGCCCAGGUUCCACCUCUGAGCUGGAUACGCCAGUGUUACCGCACUCUGGAUCGGCGGCUCCGGAAAAACCUGCGCGCCCUGGUUGUUGUCCAUGCCACAUGGUAUGUGAAGGCAUUCCUGGCACUGCUUCGGCCCUUCAUCAGUUCCAAGUUCACACGAAAGAUCCGUUUUCUGAACAGCCUGGGAGAACUGGCCCAACUCAUCUCCUUGGAUCAGGUCCACAUCCCUGAAGCUGUCAGACAGCUGGACCAGGAUCUCCAUGGCUCAGGAGGGACCUAGCAUAGGACUGGAAUAAAAGGGCCUUAGAACAAAGCAAAGAUAUUGAUCUGCCUACACCCUAACUGCUGCAACAUCUAAGCUGUUUAAUAAAUCAUCUCAUCAACCCUAGUACCACUGGAUUUUCACAUCUCAAUGGAGUGUCAUUCCUUCCAUGACCCUGCCUUCAAAUCAGGGCUUUGAGGUCCUGAACCUGAUCUGCUGGGUGACUUUCAUUUCAGCUGUAGCGGGGGGUGCAUGUAGUGGCAUUUUCUAUGGGACAGUGCAAAGCUGUGUGUUUUAGUCCUGCUUUAGCUGUAGAACCUCUGGCAGAUAACUGCAUCUCUUUGAGUCUCCUCCUUUUCCUCCUCUGUAAAUGAAGGUGCUGCGAUCCUUUCCGCCUGGGUAUUCCAGCAGUCGGUGAAGGUGAGGGGCGGAUCAGAAGGCAGGGCGUAACUGACCACAGCCAGCCUGCCUGCUGGGAGCCAGGAAUCAGCUCCUAAAUCUUGAAGAAUCACUUGUAUUCCCCUGUUCUUCUUAGUUAUGUCUGCUGCCUGUGAGCCUGGGAAGGAGUGCUUUCAAAACCUGUAUUUUUGUCCUCUUUAGUAAAUUCAGAUCUGUAGCGGCUAAUAAACCAUGAGAGAUUUAAGCUCUGCCUCGAGAAAGU